ACGGGGCAGACGGGGCUGGCAGCGAGCAGCACGCCGGCAAGCCGACCACUCUACACUCAGUCCGCGACCGAGCGUGGCCACAGCGUGGCAGGGUAGACGCGCGCCGGCAACUUUGCAGCGCCUCGAGAGUACGCGAGCCGCGAGGACCCCGUCGAAGACCAGUGCACCACCGCGUCGUCCCGAACCGAGGGCCGCUCGCGGAUCCUGGAUGCUGCCGAUCGCCGCUGAGGGCGCCGCGAAGACGCCGAGCACCACGACGACGUCGUCGUUCCGCCCGCGACAAGGACAAGACCGCCUCAGGGCAGGUGUCGACUGACGACACACCACUCGGAAGCUUUGGGUGACGGUGACGCGAGCCCCGCUGGACCAUGACGGCCGCAGCCCGCGGCUCGGUCCGCAAGAGCGGCGGCCCGGACGCCCAGGACGGCGCCGGGGAGGCGGCGCACGCCAAGGAGGCGCCCGUCAUGCGGGCGCCCGACGGCGGCUGGGGAUGGAUGGUCGUCCUCGGGGUUGGCAUCGUCAACCUCGCCACCCGGUCGCUGGAGCCGUCCUUCGGGCUGCUGUUCGCUGACCUGCUCAAGAAGCUGGAGGUGGCCACCACCGGCGCCGCCAUCAUCGUGAGCGCGCAGGACGCCCUCAUCAACUUCUCAGGCCUGUUCGCCGGCCCGCUCAUCCGAAAAUACUCGUACCGCAAGGUUGCGUUCUUCGGCGCGCUGCUGGUGGCCAUCGGCAUCCUCGCCACUGUCCCGGCCAACAGCGUGGCGCACAUCAUCGCCACGUACUCGGUGCUCAUAGGCCUGGGCGUCGGCUUCUCCUCGGCGGCCACGUUCGUGUCGCUGUCGCACUACUUCCAGGCGCGGCGCGGCCAGGCCGUGGGACUGAGCAUGGCCGGCACCGCGUUCGGCUUCAUGCUCGCCCCGCUGCUGGUCCGCUACCUCCUCGACGAGCUCGGCUUUCGCGGCGCACUCCUAGUCCUCGGCGGCGUGGCGCUCAAUGGGCUGGCCGGCGCCUUCCUGCUGCAGCCGGCCAAGUGGCACCUCGUGCCCGUCCAGCCCUGCGACCAGGACAUCCACCUUGACCUCGAGGACCACGGCGACGAGCAGGACGAGCCACCCAUCAUGAUCAGAGAGUCUGCCAUCCCGCUGCUGGCGCGGCCUCGCAUCGAGCUCACCCUCGUGGAGGAGGACGAGGAGGCGUACCAGCUCACCAUCCGCGCGCAGAACAACGAGAGGAAGACCUCCACCGUGUCGCAAGGGGGUGGCCUGGCGUUCGAGAUCUUCUCCGACCCAAAGAGGAAGUUCUCUGUAACCGCUGCUCCCACUGACACUUCCAAGGCCAGCCUCGAGGAUUCGGAGCCUCAUCUCUACCCAAGUCGGAAGCUUUCGCAACCUGCGAUGCCUCGUAAUGCGUCCAUUCUCAGUAUGGAGGAUCACGGGCCAAGGCGAGUGCCUGCAGGCAGACAUGGUUUACCAAGAAACACUUCAGUAGUGUCCAUGUCAGUAGCUGAUGUAACAAAUGAAAGGAAAUUGUCCCGAACACAUUAUGGCAUUCCUCGUAAUGUAUCUUGGUUAAGUAUGGGACCUGAGGAGACAACAGGACGAAAGUUGAGUCGUGCUGGUAUGCCAGGAAUGACUCGAGCUGUAUCAUCAACGCGAAUUCGAAAAGCUUCAAUAAUAUCUGCAAGCAGUAUGGAUCUUACUGGAAGUCUUCUGGCUAUAGCUGCAGCAGCUUCCACUCAAGACCUUCAUCGAUCCAUGCAAAACAACAACACAAUUAUUGGCUCCCAUGACAAUAUCAACGAUAAAGAUCAGGAUACCCAUAUUUCUUGUUGGAAACGGGUAUCAAAUUUCUUGGACCUUGACCUCCUCAAAGAUUCUACGUAUUUGAAUAUAACUUUAGGAUUGUCACUUUUUUGGGUAGCAGAACUGCACUUCAAAAUGGUUGUACCAUUUUUCCUUGUUGAUAUGGGUCAUACCAAAGCCGAUGCUGCUCUCUGUCUUAGUAUGAGUGCUUUCUCUGAUAUCCUAGCUCGCCUCAUUUUACCUCCCAUUUGUGACAGAGUGAAGUACAAAAAACGAACUUUGUUUUUUGUUGCUUGCAUUUUUCUGACUAUAUCAAGAUCAGUGAUGGCUGAACAGACAUCUUGGGCUCCACUCAUGACAUCUUUAGUCAUCUGCGGUUUUUGCCGAGGAGCAACACUUAUCAAUUACCAGCUGACAGUUGCAGAAUGUGUUACACUAGACAAAUUGCCAGCUGCUGUAGGUCUCAACAUGGUAGCAAAAGGCAUAACAGUUGUCUCACUUGGACCAAUUCUUGGUCUUAUUCGAGAUGCCACAGGAAGCUAUCCCAUCUUCAUCCAUGCUCAGUCUGUGUUAAUGACUCUUGGGCUGCUAGCAUGGAUAGUGGAGUAUGUAUAUUUGUGGUGCAAACGCUCAUCAAAAAGACAAAGUGAAACAAUGGAAGGCUGAACUAAAUGACAAAGUAAUAAAUCAUGCAGAAGUCAUGUAAUUGUGAUGUAUAGUGUAUAUUGUUAGAUUUAUCAUUGGAAUCUAUUUCAUUUAUGAGAAAAAGUAAUGUGAACUAUCAUUUGAAUCAUGGUAGUAUUUGCAUUUUCUGGAGAUUAUUGUUCAUUCCACAAACCAUACCCUGACUAUUUCUCUGUGAUGUAAGGAUUGUUCUAGCAAUAGCACUAGAAUUUCUUGAUUAAAAAAAAAUCUGCUUCUUUUGAAAAAUAAUUGGUGUUUAUGUUAAGGUUACCAUCACAAAACAACAAAGUCAACAUGCAGUCAAUUUGUUAUUGGCAUCAUGUUGACAUAAAAAUGACAUGUCUCUUGGAUGAAAGUUUUUUUUCCCCCCUUUUUUUGUUGUUGUAAAUUUUGACCUUAGAAUUUUCAUUAGAAUGUUGCAGUGAAUGUGGAUGAUUGUAUUAUUGUUUCGUUGCUGGUUGAUCCUUCAGUAUGAAACAAUUUUUCCUGAACAAGAAUACCCUUGCACAUAAUGUAUGUGAUGUGUGAAUUUGAUACACCUAAAUGGGCUGCAGGCUCACUAUUGCUGAUUCACCUGUUAGUGAAUGAGCGGCAGUUUCUGAUAAUAAGCAAUGGAAAAUUGAUAAACUGCUCUCUGAAAAUCAUUCCAUUUGCUCAAUGCCCAAACAAUUAACUCCCUUUAACCCAGCAGUAGCUUUAUUUAAGUGAGGGCAGUUAAAUGUUAGUUAUAAUAAAAUCAAUGUUGUCUACUUUUAGAUCUUACAUAUUUUCUUAACGAAUCCUGUAUGUGUGAGUUAUUGUGUGUGCAAGUUGUUGUAAAAGUAGUUUUUCUUUCUUUAUGAAAGGUGUGUUGGUGUUCAUGAAUGCAUGUUUGUAAAAGAGAGGCUGAGUUAACUGUAAUGUUCAGUAUAUAUCUUUUUUAAAAGAGUCAUUUGCUCUGAGUAAAGUAGAAUCAUUUUAUGUAUAUUGAAAAUUCUUUGACUAUAUCCACUCCUAUGUUAAGUGUGUAUCUGUUUGAAGUGGAAGGUGGUAUAACCAGAACAGUAUUUAUAGCAAUAGCAUGAUAAUUUAUGAAUUAUUUUUUAGACUAGAACAAAUUUGCUGUACCUGCUGGCACAAAUUUUUUCUUACCUUGAUAUGAGUCAAUGUAUCUUAUUUUGUGCUGGAAAUCAACUGAAUUUUAAAAAUUUACCCCUAACAGAAAUUUUAAGUGUUUUGCUGUAUUUGUUCUAAUUUGUCUUCCACUAUAGUGCCCUAAGACACUGUGUCUUUGCAAAGACUGUGAGUAUGUGCCUGUAUCAAGUAUAUAUAAUGUGUCUUGAGAGACCCCCUCUUAUCUCUCUUGUAAAUAAACAACAAAUGAAAUGUUUUAA